CUAAGAAAGUAGUUCUAUCCCUGGAUGUUUCGAAUCCGUUCAAUUUGCCUCCUGAUGAUCUAACCUGUGUAAGAAAUCCUCAUAACACCGGCCUGGUGAGCUUUUCGACCAUGAAUUUCUCGGAGGUGUUCAAGCAGACCAACCAACUAUGCCGCGUCUCUCCCGAUGGCAAAUACUUGGCGACCUGCGUGCAGUAUCGACUGGUCAUCAGGGACGUCAACACCCUACAGAUCCUGCAGCUGUACACCUGCCUAGACCAGGUGGUUCACAUGGAGUGGUCCUCCGACUCCCUCUUCAUCCUCUGUGCCAUGUACAAGCGAGGACUCGUCCAGGUGUGGUCUCUGGAGCAGCCGGACUGGCACUGUAAGAUUGACGAGGGCUCUAUCGGUCUGCUGUCCUCGCGCUGGAGCCCCGACGGUCGCCACAUCCUCAACACCACCGAGUUCCACCUGCGGGUCACAGUCUGGUCCCUGUGCAACAAAUCAGUGUCCUACAUCAAGUAUCCCAAAGCCUGUCAGAAAGGGAUGGACUUCAGCACAGACGGACGCUAUAUGGCCUUAGCCGAGCGGAGAGACUGCAAAGACUUCAUCAGUGUGUUCGUCUGCAAUGACUGGCAUCUCCUGAGGCACUUUGAAACCGAGACUCAGGACCUGGCUGGGGUGGAGUGGUCUCCAAACGGUUGUGUGCUGGCAGUAUGGGACACCUGCUUGGAGUAUAAAGUGCUGCUGUACUCUCUGGACGGGCGUCUCUUGUCCACCUACAGUGCCUACGAGUGGUCUCUGGGCAUCAAAUCCAUCGCUUGGAGCCCCAGUAGCCAGUUCCUGGCCAUCGGCAGCUAUGAUGAGAAGGUCCGGAUCCUAAAUCACAUUACUUGGAAGAAGGUUGUUGAGUUUGAGCAUCCAGCCACCAUCAACAACACUAAAGCGGUGGUAUAUCGUGAGGUGGAGAAGCGGCCGACUAUACCCUCCGAUGACCUGUCCCUGCAGCAGAUUAGUAUGGGCAACAGCGUCUUCAACUCCCAGAGCAAAUAUGAGAUCUGCCAGCUGCCAGUCCAGGUGCCCACCGUCCAGCCCGACACCGACCGAGCCAACCCCAAAGUGGGCAUCUCGUCUCUGGCCUUCUCUGCCGACAACCGCUACCUUGCCACCAAGAACGAUAACAUGCCUACCUGUGUGUGGGUGUGGGAUAUGCAGCGUGUGGGGCUGCAGGCGGUACUGGAGCAGGCGUCAGUGGUGCGCUGCUUUGUCUGGGACCCCCGGCGCCCCCGCCUGGCCAUGUGCACCGCCAACAACAAACUCUACAUGUGGUCCCCCGCGGGUUGUGUGUCCGUCAGGGUACCUGUGGAAGGCUGUUUCCAGGUGCUGUCCUUGCUGUGGCACUGCAGUGGAGACUCCCUGAUUCUGAUUGGGAAGGAUCAGCUGUGUCUAUGCUACAUGGAGACAGAGCAGCAGUCCUGAGUGGAAUCAACACUCCUCUAGCCAUUUCUCUCUCUCUUCAUUCUGUUUUUUUUCUCUUUCACUGGUGGGGAUGCUGCUGUUUUGGACUGCAGUAGCCACCACCCCCAACCCUCAGUUCAGAACACGGCACCAUUGGUUCUGUGUUCCAAAGAGACCUAGCACUUGUCUGAUUCCGACUACUGGAAUCUUCUUGAACAUUCCAGUGACUUCCAAAUAAGCUCCUUCUAGAACAUUUCAGUGGAAAGCACGGUAGGACUGUUGUUCUAUGAUAGCGUCUGUCCAAAUUUUGUAUCUAUUUAUUUUUGUGUAUUUAAGAGACCUCUUUGAUCAUGUUUUAUAGUUUCAUAUGAUGAUCCUUUGUAAAUGAGUGCAACAAUUUUGUAGAAAAGUUAUUUUUGAAUAAAAUUUGUAGUUUAUAA